AUGGGAAAAGCCAAAAAGACGCGGAAGUUCGCACUUAUGAAAAGGGCCUCUAAAGGAACCGACCCUAAGAAAGACAACAAAAUCGUAAAAAAACAGGAUCCCGAGCUUGCACGGUCUGUUCCUCAAGUCUCUUCAGCAUUGUUCUUCCAAUACAACGAAGCCAUCAAGCCGCCAUAUCAGGUUCUUAUAGAUACCAAUUUUUUCAACUUCUCCAUCCAAAAGAAGAUAGAUAUCGUGAGAGGUCUUAUGGACUGUUUGUAUGCCAAAUGUAUACCUCUUGUUACUGACUGUGUCAUGGCCGAGUUGGAGAAGUUGGGACCCAAGUAUAGAAUUGCCCUCAAGCUAGCCAAAGACCCACGUAUCAAGAGACUCAGCUGUUCUCAUGGAGGAACUUAUGCCGAUGACUGCUUGGUGCAUCGUGUGAUGCAGCACAAGUGUUACAUUGUGGCAACCAAUGAUGCUGACUUGAAGAGAAGAAUUAGAAAAGUUCCGGGUAUUCCGCUUUUGAGUGUUGGAGGCCACGCUUAUGUGGUAGAGAGACUUCCAGAUGUAUUCUAA